GUAGUCAAUUCAGUUCGCUUUGACAAUGAAGUCCUUUAUUGUAUUCAGUUUAUUCGUGGCCGUCGCAUGGGCUGGUGUCAUGCCCGCCAAGCGCCAAAACCUGCCAUUGUUGCCUCGCAUGCCCUUGGACAAAUUGGAGGGACGCAUCACCAAUGGUGAAUUGGCCAAGGCUGGUCAAUUUCCCUAUCAGGUCGGUUUGAGUUUGGUCUUCGGCAACCAGGGUGCCUGGUGCGGUGGUACUUUGAUUUCCGAUCGCUGGGUCUUGACCGCUGCUCAUUGUACCGAUGGCGCUGAUGGUGUUACCGUCUACUUGGGUGCCAUUGAUAUUAAGAACGAGAACGAAAAGGGUCAACAGCGUGUGUAUGUCUCCAAGGAAAACAUUGUGGUGCACGCCGAAUGGGAUUUUAACACCUUGAGCAACGACAUUUCCAUGAUCAAAUUGCCCGUAGCCGUUGAAUUCAACGAACGCAUUCAACCCGCUGCCUUGCCCAAGAAGAAUGGUCAGUAUGCCAACUAUGAAGGUGAGCUUGUCUGGGCUUCCGGCUGGGGCAGAGAUAGUGAUGCCGCUGCUGGUGUUACCCAAUUCUUGCGUUACAUCCAAGUUCCCGUUGUCAAGAAGAGCACUUGCAACAACUUCUUCUUUGGUUCCAUCACCGAUAAGCAAAUCUGCAUUAGCGGCAAAGAUGGCAAAUCCACCUGCAAUGGUGACUCUGGCGGUCCCCUGGUCCACAAGGAAGGUGGUGUCAACUAUGUCAUUGGUGCUACUUCCUUUGGCAUUGCCUUGGGUUGCGAAAAGGGCUGGCCCGGUGUAUUUACCCGUGUUACUGCCUACUUGGACUGGAUCGAGGAAGUUUCCGGUGUUGUCAACAACUAAUUUCCUAAAAUUUGCUACUAUCUCUUUGUUGUUGUAAUAAAGAUGAUAUUUUAAAUUUGCAUAUA